AUUGAACUGAAAAUUUAAAAAAAAAAAUCUUAAAUUUUUUUGAUAUUUUUGUUUUAAAAAUAUUUAAAUAAAAAAACUUUUAAAUGCAUAAGAAAACAAAAUUUUGUAUUUAUAAAUUAAUAAAGAUCAAAGAUCUUCUUAAUUGAGCAGCAGCAAAACACACGAAAACGAAAACAAAAAUCAAAACAAAAAAAAUUUUUGAAAAUAAAGUGAAAAAAAACGAAAAUUCUCCCCCCAAAAACAACAACAAAAAUUAAAAGAAAAGUGUGGCACACCAAAGCAACAACAACAACAGCAAUAAACACAAAAGCAACAGCAUACAACAGCCUACAACAUUCUACAACAGACUACAACAACAUUUAUAAAAAAAGCAUUUUUUUCGUAAAAAGGGAAUAAAUUUGGUGCAAAAGUACCCAAAUAUGGUACUGCAAAAUCACAAUACUAUAGCAGCACGUUCCCUAACCUCUACAACAAAUUCAGGAAAUACUGCCCACUCAACUGCCUCAAACUCUACAGAUACCGCAAGAGUAGCCUACAGAAUGUCGCAACAAAGACCUAUUGUCGAUUUGCUGGUGGCCAUGAUUGCCGUUCCCAUUUUAAUAUUGUGUGCCUUACAGUUGGAAAAGAAUCUUCAUGAUAUGGCCAAUAGUCCUGAGAGUCGAUGGCUUGUGUUUGCCUUGGGUAUUGGCAUGCUAAUAGUUAGUGUUAUCAUUUGUGGUUAUGUUACGCAUCGCAUGGGCGUUUGCAUUUGGGCUGGUCCCAUCGAUGAAGUGGGCAAUCGGGUGGGUAGUGGAAGUGGCGGUAGUCGUGGAGUAUCACAUAUCAAUUCCCAAAAUGAUAUUCUACGGAUAGUAGAUUCACUGCCUCCCAGCUAUGAUAGCGUAGUAAAAUUCGAUAUACCACCACCGCCCUAUGAUUGUCUAGUCAUAGAUAUGGAACAAUGUAAAGAUGAACCAGAAACCGAAGAUAAGCCCACAGUAUCAACACAAAAUUCCACGGUUCAUAUGUAAGCACACGCCGAUAUAAAAAAAUAAACAAACAUUGGAAUGUAAACUAUUUUAAAUGGGAUGUGGCUUUAAGAUCCCAUUGGGAGAGAGAAUUGAAAAGAGAUUGAAAUAAUUUUGUUAAACAAAAUAUUUCUUUUACACAGAAUCAAGAAAACAGUAAAGCAUGAUAUUAAAAAAAAUAUGUAUUUAUGAUGAAAAAAUGGAAUUAAAUUUAAAGAAAAGUGCAUUUAAAAUUGAAAAAUCUUUUGCUGAACGAAUAAUAAGGAGUUUAUGGACUAUAGUUUCAAAUAAAAAAGGAAAUUUCUUGAUACAAUUUUAUUUAGUUUUUUUAAGGAAAUAAUAUCACCCUUUUCCAUUACAUAUAUAAGAUAAAUCCAGAAAAAAGUUGGUUAAAUAAUAUUGCAAAAAUUGUUAAUAAAUAAAUAUUAUUCCAUUUAACUUUAAAAUAAGCAAAAACCCAACCAGCUUUUAAGCUUAAGUUUAACUUUCAUAAAAAUACAAAAUGUUCAUCUAGUCCAAAUAAAAAAAACUAUAUAAUGUACUACUUAAUAACGAUUAUACUUUUUUUAUAAAUAGUACAUAACAACUUUGCUUAUACAUUUCUUUUAAUGUAUAAAAUCAUGUAUAAAUAUAUAUAUUUGUGUUAUUUAGGUAUAAAUUUAAUUCAUACAUAUAUAUAAACUUUAAGAUAUAACGAUAUAUUUGUCCAAUUCAUAAUCAAUGUCAAAUUGUUUUAGCGUUGUAUGUCAUACUAUGAUACAACCGUACAACAACGAUUGUGAAUUUGACAAUUCAUUUUAACAAAGUAUUCUUAGUUAUAGUUUUUAUAUUAAAAUAUAAAUAUUUUGUAAAUACUUGGCUUUAUUGUUUUUAAGUUUAGUUUAAACAAAUAUUUAAGAAAGUAAUAAACAAAAAUAUAAAUUAUAACA